GAUGAAUGAAAGUGCCUGUCGAUUGAAUUUUUCAUUUUCGUUUUUGUUUGGUUUGAUGCUGAUUUUUUUUUAUUUGUGGUUGCGUUUCUAUUUGGGAUUCGCUGAUUAUACUAAGUAUUUUUAUAGAAUGGUUAGGUAGAGAUUUUCCUUCGUUGAUAUUAUUGUGAUUAAUUGUGCUUGGAAGGUUGUGCAGAUCUAAUUCCAAAGCUGGAAGGUUGUGCCAUGUGCACUUGUGCAGUUUUGAUUUGAUCCUAGCAUGUUAUACAUGGAUAGGGACGAUUCUGCAAUACCCCUUAAUACCUCUAUUAGAUACUCAUAUUUUCAGGUUACAUCCACGCACUAUACCAUAGAGGCCCAAAAGGAGCAUUACAAAUUCAAGAAACUGGAGAAUUAUAUGGUUUUGCCAAAUAUGGCUUCAAUAGAAGAUACCAAUGCCAUUUCAUACAAUCUUUGUGGUUUGGUUAGGAUGGCUAGUGGUGAUCUGAAAGUGAAGAGUUUCUCCGCCGUGGUGGGACCUAACGGGAGCGGGAAGAGCAACGUCAUCGAUGCGAUGCUGUUUGUGUUCGGGAAGCGAGCCAAGCAGAUGCGGCUGAACAAAGUUUCGGAGUUAAUACACAAUUCCACCAAUCACUGA